GCAGCAUCAGACACAGCAGCAGCAGAUACAGCAGCAUCAUAUACAGCAGCAUCAGAUACAGCACCCGUAGGUCCCGAGGCGCUCGCAGAGCUUGGCAUCUCGUAUUCGAUGCUCUAUCCAACUCUGGAACCCCAUGAUUACUCCACCAGGGAGGUGCACAGGUGGUCACGCCGCAUGCUGACACCCGAGGAAUUUCGAGUGCUGAAGAACGCCGCCUUCAGAGUCGAGCCAGAAACGCUUCCAAAGAGCGAGCUUACUGGCUUAUAUUUCAAUAGGCAUCGCCCCUGUUGGUCUGUUGAUUACUACAGCAGGCAGCGCAAGCGAAAGACGAUAGAUUUUUUUGUUCCGGUACGAGAGUGUACUACAGCGCACAGACCUGGGGGGAGGGGGGGAAUCCAUAAUUUUUCAGUGUCGUAG